GUAUCUUAAUUCCCUGUGCUUGAUUCUUGUCAUUCCGCCGAUGCACCGGCUACUCUCUGGUCUCCCCUUUAUUUAUCCCGUUCGUGUUUUCCGGGCGUUGUUGUCGUGACGCGUAAAUUAUCGUCUGGUGUUUUCUUUUUGGGCCCUUACCUCGAUAACUCGACAGUCACACGAGAACAGGAGUUGAAAUGCAUUUUGGCUCUCUGACGAUUGCGAGCCUCAUCGCAUCAGGCCCAGUUCUGCUACCGGUCCCAUUUCCUUAUAUGAUAGUGGUCCGGUAAAAUGUAGUUUUGGGAGUUUUUAAGCCUGGUUUGGUUUUAUUUUUUAUUGAUUUGGACAGAAGAGCUUUCUGAAUGAUGAAGAUUUGGAGCACGGAACAUGUUUUCAGUUACCCCUGGGAGACUGUCAUUAAGGCUGCCAUGAGGAAAUACCCCAACCCCAUGAACCCCAAUGUGGUAGGGGUUGACGUGCUGGACCGUACUUUGGAUGCGGAGGGACGCCUUCACAGCCACAGGCUCCUCAGCACUGAGUGGGGGCUGCCGGGUAUUGUGCGUGCGAUACUUGGAACAAACCAGACGCAGACCUAUGUGAAGGAACACUCUAUAGUUGAUCCAGACGAGAAGAAGAUGGAGUUGUGCUCGACAAACAUUACUCUUACCAACCUUAUAUCAGUGGAUGAGAGGCUUCUUUACAGACCACACCCAGAAAACCCUGGGGUUACUGUUCUGACACAGGAAGCAAUCAUCACUGUCAAAGGAGUCAGUCUAAGCAGCUAUUUAGAGGGGAUGAUGGUCAGGAGUAUGUCUGCCAACGCCCGAAAGGGCUGGGAUGCAAUUGAAUGGAUUAUUCAAAACUCUGAAAGAGAAAAUGUACCUCUUUGAUGUUUACCAACCCUGGGUCAAGGUUUACCGUGAAGACUACUAGGCUGCGGCGUGUAAAAGACUGGCACCCCCAGCAUUCUCCUGGACCUGUUACGGGUGGAAGGAAGGAAAUCUUUGGCCAAAGCUGAAUGGUUACAGAACAUUAACAAGCAAACAGGACAAGUGUGUAAUUAACUGCUCAUGAAGCAUUCAUCAACUAAUUUACUAUUUAAGAAGAAAAAAAACUGAGCAGAACUCCUGAAAAUAUGUCAAGCUUGCAAUCGCUUCCCUCCAUUUACGUUUAAUUUACCGUCUGCAUUAUCUUCAGUGGAAAUAAACUGCCACUGAAGACGCCGUUUGAAAAAAAAGGGAUGGUACAAUGUUGAUUAUGCAACAGAAAUCAUAGUUUUAUUUGUCAUUUAUAAAAUCUUUUAGUAUACUUCAAACUAGAAAUCUGUUCAAAUCAUCAAGAUGUACUUAUAGAUGUAAUAAGCUGAGCACGAACUGUAAAAUGUUUGCAUGAUAGAAGAAGAAAAAACUAAAGGAUCACGGUGAGGUAUUAGGGGAAAGGAUAUUUCUUUGAGGUUUUUGUCAAAGAACUUUAGAUUAAAUCAUCAGCAGAUAUUCAUUUCAAGGGGAAUUCUUCAUUUCAAGGUACAAAUACACUGAUUUCUUUCAAAGAAAAAAGAAGGGAUUGCUUUUCCUUCCACCAGCUUGUUUGUGACAUAUAUUGUUGAAAGUGGCAGGAUGACUGGAUGGACAAAAUCGACCUUUCCCUUUCUUAUGGCCUUGAAAUAAUACCAGUGUAUUAUUGCUUUGAAAGCACUCUCAUGCCUUCUGUCAGUGCUACACAUCAUGCCUCUAAAUCGAGUGCUAACUCUUACAAAAUACAUGUAGAUGCUAAAAGUAACUAAGUGCAAUGCUGCACCGCUGUGUGCAUAAGAUUUAUGUGCUAAAAAUAUUUUCUAGAUUUAAAAAUUAAGUAUUUGUAUUGUUUACUUUUUUUAUUUAAACAUUGCAUUUUACUUAACACAUUGCUUUUAACAUUUGUUCUGUCCAAAACUGUAGUUUACUUUUUUACUUUUUUGGUUGUUGUUCUGUCACUAUGAAAGAAUAAAUGAAGUUUUGAACCUGA